ACCGCUAUCUUGCGACUUACUCUGUAUUGAGCAGGCCGUGUUGUAUGGCAACCUCAACCUGCAGAAUGUUUGGGAUCGUAACAUCGUGGAUAUUCUUUGUCACAUAGAAGAACCUCACACUGAUUCCCUGCAUGGCCAUCACCGUAGACGAGUGCCUAUCAUAUACCCCGCGUAUUCGCUCGCAUGGACCUCUGCUUUUUAUCUCUCCCUUCUCUGAUCUCUACAUCGUGCGCCAUCACUCUGCCUUCGGUCUUUAUCAUAUCGAGUCUACAAACACUUGUCCCUCCGGGCACGCCGAGGGUGAUCUUCUCACGGGGCUCGAUGGCCAGAGAAAAUCCGUCUCACUGCGUUUCUUUCACUAUCCAAUGACGACGAUGGCUCACCAACAUCGACACCACUUCAUACUGCCACUACGUGUACCCGCCUCCCACUCUGAGCCCGCUAAGCCAAGGCGAAUCUCUCUUUCUCCAGUACCACCGCUACCACUGACUUCAAUAUUGACUCAAGACGCGUUCAUUCUUACAGCCGUUACUAUGCUUCCUAAUCUCACUAGUUCGCACGCCCCACCACACUUGAUAAUCCUCCUCGCGUCCUCUCGUCUUCUGGUUGACGUGUCUAUCACCGUUUCCACCUUAAAUUAUGCUGAACCCCAUGUUACGGCCACCCUCGAAUCCCUCCCUGCAUCCGUUCUUCGUUUCAGCUUUGUUUUUAAGUUUGGGUAAAGGCACGAGACACUCCGCUGUGUUAUCGUUGCCUGUUGGUAAUGCAUAAGCCGGGGAUUGCUUCAAUGAAAAAAGGGAAGCAGAAGCUCGAUGAAAGGCCCGCUCUCACGAAACAAGCCAAAACAUGGUCGACGUCAUCAACCAUCAGUUACUUAC